ACAUCACUGCUACUAAACUUUUGGUUGAGAUGGAUAAGAGACUAAUCCAGUGUCAACCGGAGACGGAACGUAAAAGCAAGAAGAUCCUGAUUCAGGAAGUGGAGGAGGAUGAGAUACGGGAAGAGCAGAGAGCUUGUCCGGUUGAGCCCAGCGAGGCAGUGGGAGGGGAGAGUGCCGCUGCUGCUCCUGCCGAGAGGGGAGACAUGGGAAAUGCUCAGAAGAAGCCCCACGGCAGAGGAGGGGAAGGGGGCCCCAGCCCGCAUACAGACCACAAUUCACACGGAAGCCACUGGAAAAACCGGGGAGGAAUUGCAGAGAAGUACAAGGUGAACCAACAGGACUCGACGUCGGACAAGGGUCUGUGGAACGGAGCUCGGGGCUCAGGCAGGAGGGACUCUGAGGGAGCCAGGCCGGUCGGGGGAGACAGAAGCAACCUCGACGCCCCUUGUGGGGCCCUGCCCCCGCCGUUGGCCCGGCUCAAGAACGAGGGAAACCUGUUCUUUAAGAAUGGACAGUUUGCUGAUGCGCUGGACAAAUAUUCACAGGCCAUCACGGGCUUCACAGACUCAGGAUUGGACAGCCCUGAGGACCUGUGUGUGCUCUACUCUAACAGAGCAGCCUGCUACCUGAAAGAUGGAAACAGCCCUGAGGACCUGUGUAAUAAUGUCUCUGUGUCUGGUUGGUAGGAUUGGACAGUCCUGAGGACCUGUGUAAUAAUG